AUGGAAAAAAGUUAUCCCGGUGGUCCAGUUCCUCUACCGUUCGUCGGCAACCUUCUCGCCCUGUAUUUCUACGAACCCGGCUAUGAAGCCUUCCGCCUAUGGAAAGAAAAAUAUGGCCGAUGUUUUACUUUUUGGAUGGCCGAUCGACCUGCUAUAGUGAUAGCAGACUAUGAACUGAUGAAGGAACCUUGGUCAAAGAUGGUGCUGCCUAUACAGGGCGUCAGGAUGUACCACUUUCGAAGAUGGUGCGAGGUGGAGAUUAUGGAGUGGUUGCAACAACUGGUGAGUUAUGGCAACAGCAACGUCGGUUUGCCUUACAUGUGUUCAGGGAUUUUGGCAUGGGAAAGGAUGUCAUGCAGGAGCGGAUUCUUAGGCCAACGCAUACAGCACGACCACACGUUCUACACUGUCACCACCACGACGCUCAAUGACGAUAACCUGUCAUCGGUACUCAAAAUGAAGUCCAGCACUCGCAGCGACAAUCUUACAUGCGUUGCAGUGAAUCCAGCUGGCCAAGUCGCUCGAUCGGUCAGCGUCCAGAUACGUGGGCCAGGCAGCCCGCCGUCCACUGUCACAGUGCAAAGUGAACGAGGUGGCUAUACCGUAUCUUGGCUACCACCAUCACAUCCAAAUGGAAACAUCACA